CGCUACAGACGCGCACUGGGAGAAAAGAGAAGAGAGAUCCAAAACAGCGCUUAUUAUUCAUUUGGAUUAUUUCAUUUAUCUAACACAUUUUAACGCAAUAGGGAAAAACAGAAAAUAAACCAAGACUGAAGUAACUCAACAACCGAAAACUUAAACAUGCUGUGUGUUCGCAACUCGGGCGACUGUCUUCGGGAUCAGAUGCGAUACAUGAUGAGAUCUCUUCAGGAUCUGAAGCACAUACGAGAACCCACUGAUCAAUCACAUUGCACAUACGCAGCUCGGGCCUGCCAAAAGAGGGCCCAACAGCGAGAAAACCUAAGCCGCCUGCGAAUGUCAGACGUCAGCAACGCCAGCACUUACGAUUCGGCCUGUUGCCUGGCCAGCCCGUUAGAGGAAGAGGAGGAUGAGGAAGCUGCCGUUGGCCGUCUUCCUCAGGGUUCCCCCAGCAGCGUGAAAAGUCUGGAAUUUGAUUCUGGGUAUUCGGAAGCAUCAUGGCAGGAUGAGGGCGUAGUGUUGAGACGGACGAGGAACGUACGCGUGUCGUCGUCUGCAUGCGUCCGUACCAAUCGAAUCCGACCCAAAUCGACGUCGGACGCAUGCCUGGAACGCUGGACUUCGUUUGAGGCCAGCGAGCAGGAGGACUGGACCACGUCUUUGUUAACAAGGGGGCGUAACAGACAACCUUUGGUUCUCGGGGAUAACAGUUUUGCGGACCUUAUUAAAAACUGGAUGGACCUUCCAGAAUGCCCAGAUUCUGCUGAAUUUAAACCGAACGUUGGACGUAAAAUAGCCAAGGACUUUCUGGUUAACAUGAGGAGGAAACUAACCGGCAUGUCAAAGGGAAUCGAGGAGAGGGGGAAAUCCAUAGAGCCGUGCUCUAAACGGAUGUCUUGUCCCGUGGGAUUUCAGCCUCCCAAACCCUUCUUUCACCAGUCUCACACUAGUUUACACAAAGUUGGAUCAGACUUUUACCAGUUCAGUGCUUUAAUGAAGACUGGAAGUCGACAGCCGAUCAUUUGCAAUGACAUCAUUGGAUAUAUCUAAAGAGAUGUUUUAUUUAAAAACACUUGCGAUUGCUUAUAAUUUCCUAUAAUAGGAGACUGCUGCCUUAAGUUUCUACAGUAUGCUUUUAUAGGUUAAUAAAUAUUGUAAUAAAUGUUAUUUAAAUGUUUUUUUUAAAGUGAACUUCCAAUAAAUGGAUAAGCUGAA